CGGGCGCUGCUGGGAUUCGGGAUCCGCCGCUGCCGACGGUGUGUGCUGAGGGCCCCGACCACCGGCAGGUAGAGCCAGUGAAACUGCAUCAAAAUGUCUCUCUAUCCUUCCCUGGAAGAUCUGAAGGUGGACAAAGUUAUUCAGGCUCAGACUGCCUUUUCUUCAAAUCCAGCUAAUCCAGCAAUCUUGUCUGAAGCUUCUGCUCCUCUUCCUCAUGAUGGAGGCUUGUACCCCAGGUUGUAUCCAGAACUUACUCAGUACAUGGGCCUGAGCCUCAGUGAGGAGGAGGUGCAGAGAAACAUGCCAGUGGCAGCAGCUGCUCAGCCACAGGGUCAACUGGUAACACGACCUUCUACUAAUUACCUGGUAGCUCCAGUGACUGGGAACGACGCUGGGCUGCGCAGAGCCGAGAUCAAGCAGGGCAUCCGCGAGACCAUUCUCUGCAAGGACCAGGAUGGCAAAAUCGGCCUCCGCCUCAAGUCUGUUGACAAUGGUAUAUUUGUCCAGUUAGUUCAGGCAAACUCUCCAGCAUCCCUUGCUGGCCUGCGGUUUGGGGACCAGGUCCUGCAGAUCAAUGGUGACAACUGUGCAGGAUGGAGUUCUGAUAAAGCACACAAAGUUCUGAAGCAGGCUUCUGGAGAAAGGAUUUCCAUGAUCAUCCGGGACAGGCCUUUUGAACGAAUCAUCACCAUGCACAAGGACAGCUCAGGGCAUGUCGGUUUCAUAUUCAAGAAUGGGAAAAUCACCUCCAUAGUGAAAGACAGCUCAGCUGCCAGAAAUGGGCUUCUGACAGAGCACAACAUCUGUGAAAUUAAUGGGCAGAAUGUCAUUGGAUUGAAGGACCCCCAGAUCGCAGACAUCUUGGCAACAGCUGGCAACGUGGUGACCAUUACCAUCAUGCCUUCCAGCAUCUAUGAGUACAUAAUCAAGAGGAUGGCAACCAGCAUUAUGAAAAGCCUGAUGGAUCACUCUGUUCCUGAAGUCUAAGCUUGCCUCCUGCCUCUGUGUACCUGUACAUAAUGAUGAUUCCACUCAACUUGAGCUGCUCUACUCAGUGAUUUCUUUCUUCUGCACCUGAGCCUCUCUGGAGGCUGGGAGAAGGUUAUGCUGCAUCAAGCACUUGCAUCUCUAAAGGCUGGGAAUGUUACAGUUCAACAGAUCUCCUUUAUUCACAAACUGUAAAACUUGUAGCCUUCUAUGCUUGAGAAAUGUGAAAUUCCAGUUGUGUUACAACUUCUUUCCUUAGGCUUCUGUUUAAGUUACUCCUCCUCUAAGCCAUUGCAACUGAAGGAACCAGGUAUCACUGUAAGAGGUCCCUGCUGUUGCCUAGGACAAUGCUGUGCUUUCUGUUUAAGACAGAUGAGUCUCUUUAUUGCUUUCUGUUUGCAGGAAUAGAUUAGAAAUACCCUUAGGAGUAGGACCAGUACUAGUUAGUGGUGUGUGUGUUUUUUUUUUGUUGUUGCUCUAGUUACUACUGUUUACACCAGAAUGCCAGCUGAGCUGCAUAGAGCUGAGGCCUUGUUCAGCAAGUAGGACAUACAAGUAGUGUACAGAGACUCAAAUCUUUUUAUUACUUGUUAUACAAACUGUAACUAAUGCUUCUCUCUCGCCUUAACCAUGGUCUUAAGGAGUCAGAAAUAACCAAAUA